GUGUGUCACCCUGCACGUUCAUCACCACGGCUGACACACUGCGUGCGCGUACACGUGCGUCCGCUGUGCGCGCCGCCGUAAAUAACUGCGGAAUCCAGGAGGCAGUGGUCGGACUCCGAAAGGCUCCCACCUAGAAAAUAAUGAACAACAAAUUUGACGCUCUGAAAGACGAUGACAGUGGAGACCACGACCAGGAUCAAGGCUCACCGAAAAACAGUGAGAAGGAAAAAAUUGAAGACGAAGACAAGGAACAGAACUCCUCCAAGAAAAAGAUGGUGGUGCCAGGGGCAGGAGAGCACCCUCUUCAAUACAACUACACCUUCUGGUACUCCAGACGCACCCCAGGGAGACCAGCCAGUACUCAGAGCUACGAGCAGAACAUUAAACAGAUUGGCAGCUUCGCCUCGGUGGAACAGUUCUGGCGUUUCUAUAGUCACAUGAUCCGGCCAGGCGACCUGACAGGCCACAGUGACUUCCAUCUCUUCAAGGAGGGUAUUAAACCCAUGUGGGAGGAUGAUGCCAAUAAGAUGGGUGGGAAGUGGAUCAUCCGUCUGAGGAAAGGCCUGGCUUCUCGGUGUUGGGAGAACCUUAUCCUCGCCAUGCUCGGGGAGCAGUUCAUGGUUGGAGAGGAGAUCUGCGGGGCCGUGGUGUCCGUACGCUUCCAGGAGGACAUCAUCUCCAUCUGGAACAAAACGGCAAGCGACCAGGCGACCACUGCCCGCAUCAGAGACACUCUGCGCCGAGUCCUCAACCUCCCUCCCAACACCAUCAUGGAGUACAAGACUCACACAGACAGCAUUAAGUAUAGCAUGGGAAGACUUCCAUGGACUGGUGAAUGCUAGUGGAGGACGUUAGCCCCUCGCACAGACGACCUCUGCAAGAGAGUGUGUAUAAGUUAUGUGCUGAGGGACGGCAGUCCAGCGAAGGAUACCUCCACGUGGACUGGCACUGUGUAUUAUGAAGACAGAGCAAAAGUCAGGAUCAGAGGCAAGAAGACCAUUCCUUCUUCGCUUCAAAUUGGAAAUGAACCGCCUGUCGACAGAAGACUGAACCAAGCCGAAGAGAGAAAUAUGCGUUAUUUUUAAUCAACCAGAGAAGAACGAAGCCUCCAAUUUUUUAUUUUAUUUUUCAGUGCAAGUUGUAACAUCUGUUAACUUGCCACCAGAGGGAGGCCAUGUGACUGGUGUUUGCUGAUCUGGUCAUUAGCUGUUAACAAAGUGUACUUGACAAAAUACAACAAAACCAAUCUGUUAA